UUCUUACUCGGACCAACCACCUAACUUCUCCUUCAAUUCAAACCCUUUUCGGUUUUCUCUCUCAGUUUUUUCUGUAACCAAGCAUAAAGCAAAAGCUUUGUGCCAAAAAAGCUGUUUCUUUUUUUUUUUUUUCCCCCUCUUUUUCUGUGUCUGGGGCAUUCUGUGUCUUUGUCAUUACAUAUUGGUUCUUUCUUAAAGGUCAAGCAAGAAUAAAUCACUACCCCUCUCUCUCUCUCUCUCUCUAAAUUUUUAUUUUCUCUCUCAUAACACAGAGGGGAAGUGACCCACCAUAAUUCAAAAGCAAUGGCUAAUAUAUUAAGGGACAGAGUAUUUGGGAGUUCCAGGAGACACCAACGCCAACCCACCCAAACCACCAUGCCCGUUUACCCAGUCGAAGACGUGCCCUCUCCGUUCGGCGACCUGGGCUUGAAUAUUUCCAACUCGGAGCUCCGAGAAACCGCUUACGAGAUCUUAGUCGGGGCUUGCCGGAGCUCCGGUGGAAAGCCGUUGACUUAUAUACCUCAGUCCGAGAGGACCGACCGGGCGGCUGUGGCGCCGAAUCCGUCUCCGUCGCUUCAGAGGUCACUGACUUCGACAGCAGCGAGUAGGGUGAAGAAGGCUCUUGGGUUGAAGCCAUCGUCCAAUUCGAGGAAGCAGAAUGAGGGUGAAAAUCAGGGGAGGACAAAGCGGUCGGUCACGGUUGGAGAGAUGAUUAGAGUCCAGAUGAGAGUGACGGAACAGACUGAUACGAGGAUUAGGCGAGCCCUCUUGAGGGUUGCGGCUGGUCAGCUUGGAAGACGCAUUGAGUCCAUGGUUCUGCCCCUGGAGUUGCUACAACAGUUUAAGUCUUCAGAUUUUGCCAAUCAACAAGAGAAUGAAGCUUGGCAGAGGAGGAAUUUGAAGAUUCUUGAAGCCGGAUUGCUUUUGCAUCCUUAUGUCCCACUGGAUAAGACAGACACUAAUACCAAAAGGCUCCAGCAAAUCAUCCAAGGGGCCUUAGAAAAACCAAUAGAGACCGGAAGGAACAGUGAAACAAUUCAAGUCCUUCGCAGUGUUGUUAUGUCUCUUUCUUGCAGAUCAUUUGAUGGUUCAAUUUCUGAGACAUGUCACUGGGCAGAUGGAGUCCCAUUGAACCUCAAACUUUAUCAGAUGCUCCUGGAAUCAUGUUUUGAUGUGAAUGACGAAACAUGUGUCAUUGAAGAGGUUGAUGAGGUUUUAGAACUCCUGAAGAAAACCUGGGUAAUCCUGGGGAUAAACCAAAUGCUACAUGAUCUUUGUUUCUCAUGGGUUUUAUUUCACCGUUAUGUUACAGUUGGCCAAAUAGAGAAUGACCUUCUUAUGGCUUCUACUAAUCUCCUGGCAGAGGUUGAAAAAGAUGCCAAACCUGCAAAAGAUCCAAUCUACUCCAAGAUUUUAAGUUCUACACUAAGUUCUAUGGUGGACUGGGCUGAGAAAAGGCUCCUUUCUUACCGAGAUAUUUUCCACAGUGAUAAUAUUGAAUCGUUGCAAAGCAUUGUUUACCUGGCGGUAUUAGCGGCAAAGAUAUUGGUAGAAGAAAUUCCUCAGAGGAAGAGAAAAGAAGUUGAUGCGGGUUACGAUAGAGUUGAGAAAUACAUAAGAUCAUCACUGCGGAUUGCUUUUGCUCAGAAACUGGAAAAGGUGAAGUCCAAAAGGCGACUAUCGAAGAACCAAAAUAAUCGUCUACCUGUUCUUUCCAUUCUUGCACAAGACGCUAGUGAACUGGCAUUUAGUGAGAAAGCGAUAUUUAGUCCUGUAUUUAAGAGAUGGCACCCUCUUGCAGCAGGUGUUGGAGUAGCUACCCUUCAUUCUUGUUAUGGGAAUGAGUUAAAGCAAUUUGUUGCUGGUAUUAGUGAGUUGACACCUAGUACCAUAGAAGUGCUAAGAGCUGCUGACAAAUUGGAGAAAGAUCUGGUGCAGAUUGCUGUUGAAGAUUCAGUGGAUAGUGAUGAUGGUGGGAAAUCUGUCAUAAGAGAGAUGCUUCCAUACGAGGCUGAAGCUGUCAUUGCCAAUCUGGUGAAGGCUUGGAUAAAAACAAGAGUGGACAGACUGAAGGAAUGGGUUGACAGGAAUCUGCAACAAGAGGUAUGGAAUCCACAUGCAAAUAAAGAGCAUUUUGCCCCUUCAGCUGUUGAAGUUCUACGUAUAAUAGAUGAAACUUUGGAAGCAUUCUUUAUGUUGCCAAUACCUAUGCAUUCAAUCGUGCUUCCUGAAUUGAUGAAUGGUCUUGACAGAUGUGUCCAACACUAUGUAUUACAGAUCAAGUCUGGCUGUGGGACCCCAAGUACUUUUAUUCCUACAAUGCCUUCUUUGACAAGAUGCUCAGCAGGAUCUAAAUUUCAUGGUGUGUUCAAGAAGAAGGAAAAGUCACAGAUAAGUCAACGGAGGAAAUCUCAGGCUGGCGCAACAACAGGGGAUAACUCCUUUGGGAUAGCACAACUCUGUGUCCGCAUUAAUACUUUACAGAUUAUUCGAAUGGAGUUGGGAGUUUUUGAGAAGAGGGCGAUUGCAAAUAUUGGGAGUUUGGAAUCCAACCAUGUGGACAAUAUUGCAAAUGGGUGGGGCAAAAUGUUUGAGCUUUCAGCAUCUGCUUGUGUGGAAGGAAUCCAACAAAUAUGUGAGGCAACAGCGUACAAGAUCAUCUUCCAUGAUCUAAGUCAUGUCCUUUGGGAUGGUUUAUAUGUUGGAGAAGUUUCAACUUCUAGAAUCGAGCCUUUUCUUCAGGAACUCGAGCAGUAUUUGGAGAUUAUUUCAUCAACAGUUCAUGACAGGGUUAGAACACGUUUUAUCACCGACGUAAUGAGAGCUUCUUUUGAUGGGUUCCUGUUGAUUUUGCUUGCCGGAGGUCCUUCUCGGGCUUUCACUCAACAUGAUUCUGAUAUCAUAGAGGAGGACUUUAAGUUUCUUACAGAGCUUUUCUGGUCCAAUGGGGAUGGGUUGCCGUUGGAGUUAAUUGAUAAGUUUUCAACCAUAGUUAAAAAUGUCCUUCCACUGUAUCAUACAGAUACUGAGAGCUUAAUUGAACAAUUCAAAUGUGUCACUCUGGAGAACUAUGGAUCUUCCGCUAAAUCCAGGCUUCCAUUGCCUCAAACUACAGGUCAGUGGAAUCCAACCGAACCAAACACACUUCUUCGUGUUUUAUGCUAUCGAAAUGAUGAGGCUGCUGCUAAGUUUCUUAAGAAGAACUACAACUUGCCUAAGAAACUAUAACUACUUUCUGGCUUGAAAAUUGAUGAUAAAUUAAUGAUAAGUUUCUGGCGCGGUAUAUAUACUGACAAACUGAAGAUAUACUGAGAAAAUUUAAUAACCUGCUUUGUUAAUAUAGAAAGUUUUUUUUUUUUUUUUUUUUUUUUUUUUGGUUGUUGUUGUUGUUUGGAUGUUGGAGACAAUUUAUAUUAGCAGCGUUGACAAAAGGGAUGAUUUGGCUUUAGAUAUGUCUAACAUUCAUAUACAAAUAAUGAAGAGAAUUAUUCUUUUUUGUU